AAAGGUUAGACACAAUUGAAAGGAAGGGGAGGAGGAGCGCCUCUGCUUGCCGUGGUAAAAGCAGUACAGAGCUCUCAGCGUGCGCACUGACAGCAUGGCAGGAGACAGCGACAGCAAGUUGGACAAUCAAGCCGAAAAUGAGUAUGUUGUCAGGCAACCUUUCCUCAUCGGGGUAGCCGGCGGCACUGCCAGCGGCAAGUCAUCAGUUUGUGGGAAGAUCAUGGAGCUUCUUGGCCAGAAUAAGAUCGACCAUCAUCAGAGGCAGGUGGCCAUUCUCAGUCAGGAUAGUUUCUACAGGGUACUGACCUCUGAACAGAAGGCCAAGGCUCUAAAAGGACAAUUUAACUUUGACCACCCAGAUGCGUUUGAUAAUGAGUUGAUAGUCAAAACCCUUUGUGAAAUCAUGGAGGGAAGAACUGUCCAGAUUCCCGUCUACGACUUUGUUACCCACUCAAGGAAAGAAGAGACGGUCACUGUAUAUCCAGCAGAUGUCGUUUUAUUUGAAGGCAUUCUUAUGUUUUAUUCGCAAGAAAUCCGAGAUCUGUUUCAAAUGAAGCUGUUUGUCGAUACGGAUGCAGACACACGUCUGUCACGCAGAGUGCUGAGAGACAUCAGUGAGAGAGGCCGUGACCUAGAGCAGGUGCUAAGCCAGUACAUCACUUUUGUUAAGCCUGCCUUUGAGGAGUUCUGUCUGCCAACAAAAAAGUAUGCCGAUGUGAUCAUUCCAAGGGGAGCUGAUAAUCUGGUUGCAAUAAAUUUGAUAGUGCAACACAUUCAGGAUAUUCUAAAUGGUGGUUUGACCAAACGCUUGAACGGAUACCUCAAUGGCCACAACACACCUCGUAAACGGCAUCCCUCGGAGUCCAGCAGCAGGCCGCAUUGACCAGCUCUCCAUCAGGACAUCUGGAAACGCAGGAGAGAAUGAAUGUGUGAAGGAUGGGUGCAAGAGAAAAGAAGGACUGCUUGUGCAUUCUGUUAAUUAGCCAACAUAAGACAAAAAGCAUCAUGAAAAAUUUCAAGAAUUUCAAAGAUUGCCUUUUAUUUCAUUCUGCUUCUUCUUUUUUGUUUUUGGACUGGCUACACUUGAUUUUUUUUAGGAGUAAGAAAGAUAAAUGGAACUUCUAGUUCUGGGAUUGUUAAAGGUCAAAAUGGAUAUCUACUUUAUUUAUUUUAGCGUUUUUAUUUUAUUUUUUGUACUUCUUCUUUAAGAGUAUGUUUGGUGACUAAAAACGGGGAUGCAGAUAAUUAAAUGUUACAUGACUCCAUGGUAAUGAGGAUUGAACAUAUAUUUUUUAAAAUUAAUAUUAUUACCUCUGAUCUUUUCUUCCUAUCAGAAAGGACUACAUUUGCAAAUAUAUGUAUUUAAAGAACCUCUUCACUGGAUAGAGUCCAAAAACAUUUGUUUUAAAAUCUAUUCUUUUUCUUUUUGGUUGACAGUGAUGGAAUAAGUUUUUAGUAUUCUGGCAUUAUUUAUAUGAUGUCCCUCUGUGAUCAGUGUUUCUUGCAGAAGGAUAAACUUUUAUUCCUCCUUUUCACUUGAACAAUUCAGGCAGUGUUGCUAUGUCACAACAGGCCUCUCAGGGUGUAUUUACUACAAAUGAAAACAAUAACUCACUUUUGUCCUAAAAGGAAUGAAACGUCUAUACAGAAGGCAGCAGAGACGAAUCUGGCUAAUUGAGCGGAACUAAAUUUGUUGUACAUAUUCAUAUUUGGUUCUGAAUUACAAAUCUUGUACUUCUAGAAUAUUUAUGGAGAUGCCAUGUGAUCCUCAUUAAACAUGGUCAUGUGCUUUAAAAACAAA